GUGUGCAUGCAAUUUCGCGAUCAGGCACUUACAAAGAGAAGCUUUGCAUCCCUUGUUGGUCAUUGGCGGUGGAGUUCAGCGCGAACCAAGGCCGUCAAGCAGGUUGUUGACCGGUGGGUGCUUGCACAACAUCAGACUCGCGUUCGGCAAGCCCUUGGCGUUUGGAGGCUUCGCGGUGCGAAGGGCGCACUUCGUCGCCGAGGUGCGAAAGCGCUUGGCCUCUUCUUGACAGCAUCGCGCCUGAGACGAUGGCUCAAUGCUUGGAGCAGCAUCGUCUCUCAGGAAAGGAGGAGAUCGCAGGGCUUGGCAACAAUCGAGAGCAGGAAGCGCAUCGUGCUCGGGAGCAAGUCUUGCAAAGUCUGGCGACAUGCUGCUCGGCGCAGCAUCGCUGCAAGAUCCGUGGCAGAAUUCCUGCAAGACUUUCGAGUACGGAACAUCAUCCACAGAUGGGCCAGCCAGUGGAAAGCAGAUGGGUACCGGUCCAUGAGGCUGCGUUCAGCCGCAUGGAGAGGUCUCCAGCUUGAGUCAAGGAGAGUCAAAGCAGGGUGUGCUGUACAAAGACGAGGCUACACCUACAUGCUCAGAUCCGCCUGGAAGCGGUGGAGCACUGCGAAUUCGUUGAAGAACUGCGAUGCUAUCUGCCAGCAGAGGGCAAAGAUGCGACGCCUUGUCGUUACCCUGCGAAGCUGGAAGAAUUUGAAAGCGGCCAAAGUUUUCGCCGCCCGCAGCACCUUGCUGCAUGCCUUCCGGAUAUGGAGUGAGAUUGUAGGUCACCUACGCAGCGAGCGGGGUGCCAGAGAGCUGAUGGUUACGGCAGUCAGUGAUGGGCCUUCUGCCUGGUGGCAGAGGUGCUGCGAGCGCCUGCAAAAGCGGUUGUUCCUGCUCUGGGGCCAGGUAGCACGGGGAAAGAGGAGGCACAGGCGCAAGAUCACGGAGGCCAAAGAAGCCGUCCGAAAAGUGGAAGUAACGCAGGCAUUGUGGUUCUGGCACGGGCAUGCCAGAGAGAUGGCUGCGAGAGAGGACCACAUUCACCGGGCUUCCAUGGCCCUGAUGGCCAUGGUCUCAGCUUCGAGAUGGGCUCGGGCACACGACCUUUUAGUUCGCUGGUUUGUACGAGCGAAGGCGAAGAGGAUCAAGUGCGCAGAAGCCGACUUGAGUGAUGAAGUGCCUUCUGCCAUUAGUCUCAAAGAUGGUUCGGGCAUCUCCGAGCCAACUGCUGUGAGCACCCCCAGGCGAGAAGGCCUGAGGUCGCCGAGCCGACCGCCGGUCUCGGUCUCGUUUUCAAAGCCUUCCCCGAGUGCCUCAGCACCUUCGAGGCAAGCCCAUGCCUCUGCGUGUCUCUCGAAUGGGCAGAGUCUGGGUCGUGGAGCGGGAGAAGCCCUUCGGGGACAAGAUGCGCCCGUCGAGGAUGCGAGAAGAUUGCCGGCGUCGCCUGUUCUGAGCCGUUGGCUGAAGCUCGUCAUGUCGCUUUGGUUGACCGAUGCAGCCGCCCUCUCUGUCCUUCGGUGGGCCUGCUCCGCGUGGCGUGGAGUGCACCUGCAGGUGAAGCUGUACCAUCUUCGGUGGUGGGCUUUCGUGCUGAAGACUCGCAAGUUGAGGAAGCACGACAUCAAGCGCGAUCUAAAGCGAUUGCGUGCCACGUUCAAGGCGUGGUUCGAGGCAGUGGCGGAGCAGCUCCAAGAGGCUGUUGCUGUGGCAGAAGCGGAACUCCUGGCAUUCAGAGCUCUGAGCGACGCGCCGGAGGAGACCUCCAUCCCUUUUGCGGAGCCGGUCACCAUGGCAGCGAUGUUCGAGCCUUUGCACUGUAUCCUCCGCAGCUUGCGCGAUGCUAUGCACAAGCAGGCUCGCAACGAUAGGUGUUUCGUGGGCGGACGCGGCGCUGAGGUGAGCCCAUCACCCAGACUGCGAGGUCCUGGACUGACAAACACAGCAGGCGCUCCGUCGGGAAGCUCCCGACAGUUCUGGUGCCUCGUGCCGGCUUCUGCAGCCGCGGUCUCUGGCCUUGCAGCCCUGCGCGCGCAACGCAAACCAGCGGCCCGGCGCUCGCAAAUCAUUCGCCGCGCAGAUGGCUUGGCGGACUGUCCAUAUGCUCUGUACGGUCCGAAAGACGUAGACAUCGCGAAAGAGCGGCAAGAGCUCCAGGCGCCUAGUGGCCCUAUGGAGAUCAAAAUGCCCGACGAGCUGAAAGGCGACCUUGAGGGCCAGCGGAAGUUCUUCUCGUCCAACCUGCCGCAGAUCUACAAGGAUCUGAAGACACAUGGUGCCGUUGUCUUUCGUGGUUUCGAGAUCUCCAAAGAUAAAGAAACCUUUGGCCAGGUGGGCAAAGCCUUGGAGCUCGAUCCCUGCGAGGAUCCGCUUCACUCUGUUGCUGCCCGGGAUGCGGUCGACAAAAAGGCUGGCGUCUAUGAGGCUGUCAACAAGCC